UACAGAUCCUCGCAAACUCCGUUGUUCAAGGCUCUUUUGCCGAAAAGCAUAUUCCACCCAAUGUAAGACACCUUUUAUCUGCUGAAAGUGGGGUAAACGAUGGGAUGGGUUUUCCUUUUCUCUUUUUUGCACUUUUUUUACUUGAGUCCAAAAUUACUGCUACUGCUGUUUGUCAAUGGAUCUCUUUCGUUUGGGGAUAUCACAUCUUACUUUCGAUUGUCAUCGGUAUCGUGAUAGGAUGGGCGGCAAGGAAGUUAUUGGGAAUGGCUGAGAGUCGAGAUUGGAUUGACAAAGAGUCUUUUUUAGUAUUUGCAUUUGCCCUAGCGAUUUUUGUCGUUGGUGGUGUAAGCAUUAUCGGAUCGGAUGCGUUAUUGGCAUGCUUUAUGGCGGGAACUUCGUUUUCUUGGGACGAUUGGUUUCGUGAGGAAACACAAGAUGCACAUUUACAAGAUGUCAUUGAUUUACUACUUAACUUAACCAUAUUUAUGUAUAUCGGAAUGAUACUUCCAUGGUCUUCUUUUAAUUCGGAUGAUAUAUCGCUCAAAAGCCUUAUCACCAUAAGCGUCCUUAUUCUGGUUUUUAGGCGUUUACCGAUUGUAAUUUUAUUCAAAGGAUUCAUUCCGUCUUUUCACACUUUCAAAGAAGCAGCAUUCGCGGGUUAUUUUGGACCAGUAGGAAUUGGCGCAAUAUUCUUAGCUAUGACUGUUGAAAAAGAAAUUAGUAUAAGACUAAAUGAAGGAUUAAAUGAUAUUGAUGAAGGAUCCAUGUUACGUAUUCAGGAAAUGACAUUCCCAAUUGUGACAUUCAUUGUUCUCAGCUCGGUAAUCGUACAUGGAAUCACAGUUCCAAUACUUAAUAUUGGUUCAAGGAUUGAUAUCGAACGAUUUCCCAGUAUUGCUAGUAUCAGCAGUCAGGUAGCAAGAUUGCCAGUAAUAGAUUUUGUCGAAAGUUUAAGUUUGGAGAGAGACAACAAAGGUCGUGUGAGGAAGAAGGAAAAGAUGAAGGCUGAGUAUGCACCUAAAAAUAGUGAAGAAUUAUAUCAGGAUGUUCACAAUGUAGAUAUAGAAGAAGAGCAAAGUGAGGGAAAUGGAGUUUAUACAUAUAAUCAUAUAGAAACAGAUGUGUUGAUUGAAAGUAACAAGGAUGAGCAAAGUGACCAAGAUAAUGUGAAUUCUGCCGAUUAUCAUUGGCUGCAAUCUAGUGAAUGUUCAAGCAAUGCACAAUGCGACACAGAUCAUAAUUAA